UUCCUUUUUCCACCCUCUUCUACAUACGCAUAUGACCAUACUUGGGUCAGGAGGGAGGGAGAGAGAGAGAGAAAUGGGUGUGGCGAUUGUGGAGCCAAACACAUGUAUUCGGGGUUGCUGCCGGAGCGACUCAAUUCCUCUGCAUCUCCCACCGUCUUCCUACUCUCUCUUAAACCCAAUUGCUCGAGGAGCAGAAAGUGUGGUUUAUGAAGCUGUUUUGGAUGGAAACAAGGUUGCUGUGAAAAAACCCAUUUUGUCUACCUCUGAUCACAUUGAUAAAUUCCACAAGGAAUUGCAAAUGCUAUGCAAGUUAGAUCAUCCAGGAAUUGCCACAUUGGUUGCAGCACAUGCAAAGCCUCCAAAUUACAUGUUUUUCUUCAAAUUCUACGAGUCCCUAAAUUUGGCAGAGAAACUACACGUGGAAGAGUGGAAUCCAACUUUUGAUCAAGUGCUCACCAUCUCAGUCCAGUUAGCUAAAGCUCUGCAACAUCUACAUAAACUUGGGAUUGUACACAGGGAUGUAAAACCAGCAAAUAUUCUUCUUGAUGAAAACCUUCGUCCACAUCUGGCAGACUUUGGUUUAGCAGAAUAUAAGAAACAUCUUAAACGAGUUUCUAUGGAGAACUGGAGAUCAUCUGGAAAGCCAACUGGUGGUUUCCAUAAAAAGAAUAUGGUCGGCACACUCAUUUAUAUGGCACCUGAAAUAUUGAGAAAGGAGAUACAUAAUGAAAAGUCAGAUGUAUAUAGUUUCGGUGUGACAAUAAAUGAACUGCUUACUGGUGUUGUCCCAUAUACUGAUCUUCGUGCAGAAGCGCAGGCCCACACUGUGCUGGAAAUGAACUAUACUGAACAGCAACUUACAGCAGCCGUGGUGUCUGAAGGAUUGCGACCUGCUCUUGCUGGUCACAGCUCGUCUGCACCAACAGGUUUCCCGUCCUUGAUACAGAGAUGUUGGGAUGCAAAUCCCCAAAAUAGGCCUUCUUUUGAUGAUAUUAUUCUGGAACUUGAUCCCAUCUUGGAAUGCAGAAAGAGAGUAGAGGAAGACGAAAAGGAAAAGGCACUUGUUGAACCUUCUAUCCCUCUUGGUCAUGAGGGCAUCCCGAGCCUUCUUGCUUAUCAAAAAAGUAUUAACUGGUUUACUGAGGGUGAAAACUUGUCAAAGAGAUCUUGUCUCGCAGCUGAUUCUGGUGUCAGAAUUUGGCUUGAUCCUUUUACUGAUCCUUCAGCAUACCAUCCAGUGUUGUCUUGGGGAUCCUUCGGUACUUGUGGGAGAAGGGAGACAAUGGAGGACACUCACUUUCUUAUGCCCCAUAUGUGCGGUGAGAAGGAUAUCCAUGUGUUUGGAAUCUUUGAUGGUCAUCGAGGUGCAGCAGCUGCUGAGUUUUCUGCUCGAGCUCUACCAGGAUUUUUGCAAAGUCUUGGUUCCAUAAAAAGUCCGUCCAAUGCAUUACUAGAAGCAUUUGUCAAUACAGAUGUUGCAUUCAGGAAUGAAUUGGAUUCCCAUCGUAAAUCUAAGGGAGUUAUUCAGAAAGACUGGCAUCCUGGUUGCACAGCCAUCGUGGCUCUUAUAGUCAGAAACAAGCUUUUUGUUGCUAAUGCUGGCGAUUGCAGGGCAAUGCUAUGCCGAGCUGGCAGUGCUUAUGCUCUAAGUAAGGAUCAUGUUGCAAGUUGUCCUGAGGAGAGAGAACGUAUUAUCAGUGAAGGGGGACAAGUCAAAUGGCAAGUUGACACGUGGAGGGUUGGGCCUGCUGCUCUCCAGGUUACGCGGUCUAUUGGUGACGAUGAUCUGAAGCCUGCUGUGACUGCAGAACCUGAGAUAACUGAGACCAUACUGUUUGUAGAAGAUGAAUACUUGGUUAUGGCUAGCGAUGGGCUCUGGGACGUUAUGAGCAACGCAGAGAUUGUUAGCAUAAUAAAGGACACAGUGAAAGAACCUGGGAUGUGCUCAAAGAGAUUGGCAACUGAGGCUGCUGAACGUGGAAGCAAAGACAAUAUAACCGUUAUUGUCGUUUUCCUGCAUCCUGUAUCUACUGCAGAGAGGAUUUACUAGGUUUGAUGGUAUUCUUAUAGACAUUGUUUUGUAUGUAUGAAAUUAAUUUUAGUGAGACAUGAAAAUGAACCAGAGGUGGUAGGAAAAGGUUUACCUCCUCGUCUUGUGGAAAUUGUAUGCACACAUUUAUUUUUAGUGGAAAACUACACAAAGCAUAUGCUUGUAUUAUUGGAUUUCAA